ACUUAGAAGUGGCCUGGUCUUGAUAGGAAAGGAUCCAGAUGGUAAAUGUGACUGUGGCUGUGCAGAAACAGUUAAACACGUUCUUAUGGACUGCAAGAAUUACACCUGGCAAAGGUGGAGAAUGUUUAGAGAGCUGGGAGCGCUUGGCAUGACAGUUUUUAGUGUACAGACGUUGCUACAGUUAGAUAGUUGGGAUAAACUGAAAAAAAGUGGUGGAAUUUUUGUAUCGGAUAAAUAUAUAUAAGCAGAUCUAGGAUCUAGGUCUAGCUGGGCAUUUUUUUUUUUUUCUUUUCCUGUUAUUGAUGUGACACCUCUGACCAGUGGAUGGCAGCAAUACGCCAUAGAUGCGUCUAGUCUGCCUAACCCAAUGAAGAAGAAGAAGAAUCGUAGCCUCUUUCCGGUGUGGCCUUGAGCAGAGUUGCUAGCCUCUGCUGCUACCUGUCAACAUCAGUUAUUCUGAGCGGACUGCUGGAUUUUUAUUUUUAACUGUUUGUUUGUGACAGUGAAUUAAGUGUCCGCCGCCAUGGCCAUGUACCAGGUAAAGCCUGUCUGUGGGGGUGACAUAAAGAUUGAUUUGCCAACCUGCAUGUACAAGUUACCAAAUGUCCACGCGCAGCAAGGGAAACGCUGCGCCUCAGAACACGCGCUUCAGAAUGGCGAGGUGGAGCCAGCAGUCAAGGCUCUGGAGGCCCGGCAGGAUGAGAUCAUGAGAAAAUUGUACGAACUGAAAGCAGCUGUGGAGGGCCUUGCUAAGACUGUGAUGACUCCAGAUGCCGACCUGGAUGCCACAGUCAGCAGCAGCCUCUCUUUCCAAAGCUCCACAACCUUUAAAGGCACCACAGAUUUGGAUACAUUACUGGGCAAGGAUGUUGGUGCUCUACGUGACAUCGUCAUAAAUGCCAACCCAGCACAGCCGCCCCUGACCCUGCUGGUUCUCCAUAGUCUCCUGUGUGAGCGAUACAGAGUCCUCUCCACUGUCCACGUCCACUCCUCAGUUGCCGGUGUGCCACCACAGCUCCUGUCCUGCCUUGGUCCAAGACAUGCGGACAGCUACGCCCGCCACAUGUUCCAGCUGGGCUUCACCCUGAUAUGGAAAGAUGUUCCCAAAUUGCAGAUGAAGUUCAGUGUCCGCAACAUGUGUCCCAUCGAAGGUGAGGCUAAUGUGGCGCGCUUCCUCUUCAAGCUGCUGGCUCCGUACCCCAACGACCCUGCUCUCGCCACCCUGGUGGACAGUUGGGUAGACAUAGCUUUCUUCCAGCUAGCAGAAGGGAGUUCCAAGGAGCGAGCGGCUGUCCUGCGGGCCCUCAACUCUGCUCUGGGCCGCAGCCACUGGCUGUCCGGGCCAGAAUUCUCCCUGGCCGACAUCGCCUGCUACUGCUGCGUGCUGCAGAGCGGCUCAGCCUCCGCUGCUCCUGCUAAUGUGCAACGCUGGAUUAAGUCUUGUGAGAACCUGGGCCACUUCAGCCCUGCCAAGCUACGUUUGCAGUGACCAGAGCUGUCGUGGAAGCAGAAACCAGAGGCAAGGUGAAAGAAGGGCAUUAGAAUAAUAAAAUAUCUCAGCCAUGUCUGGAGCUCCUUCUGAUACUUCCCCUUUGCUGUAGUACAUCACUGCACUGACAGACUAAGCAGAAGCAGAGUGGCUGAUGAUCACUAACUUAAAAGUAUUUAAGUUUGACAUGCUGCUCAUAUAGAAAACACAGAUUCUGAAGAUAUCUUUUUAAAGGAGGAAGCAAGAGAGGACAGUGUAGACGAGGGCUUGGUGACGAGUUAAAUUAACUGUUCUGACAAACACACUAAACACCCUCAACCCACUUUGUGCCUAAACAGAUCCUCUUCUAAAUGUGUGUGUUAAUGUGUGGUGACGGGUAUUACUAUGUGCUUUCACAAGUAGUACUUUGUAAAAUUUGUUUUCUUAAAAGAUUAAAACUUUACACUUGGAACUGA